AUGAUAAAAUUAUUUUCGCUGAAACAACAAAAGAAAGAUGGCGAAUCGACACCGCGACAGGGCAAUCAAAAGAAAGCGUCAGCUGCACAAUUGAGGAUCACAAAAGAUAUAAACGAAUUGAAUCUACCCAAAACGUGCGCCACGGAAUUUCCCGAUCCCGACGAUCUGUUAACGUUCAAACUGGUCAUUUGUCCAGACGAGGGUUUCUACAAAACCGGCCGGUUCGUGUUCAGCUUCAAAGUCGGUCCGAACUAUCCGCACGAACCACCGAAAGUGAAAUGCGAAACGCAAGUCUACCAUCCGAACAUCGAUCAACAGGGCAACGUCUGUUUGAACAUUCUUCGAGAGGACUGGAAACCCGUCCUGACCAUCAACAGCAUCGUCUACGGUUUGCAGUAUUUGUUCCUCGAACCCAAUCCGGAGGAUCCGUUGAACAAAGAGGCGGCAGAAGUGUUGACGAACAAUCGGAGAUUGUUCGAACAGAACGUCCAGAAGGCCAUGAGAGGCGGGUACGUUGGCGGCGUUUACUUCGAUAGGUGUUUGAAGUGAUGAUGAUGAUGAUGAUGAUGUUGAUUGAUGUGAUGAUGAUGCGGGAUUUGUUUGUUUUUUAUUUUUUUUUUUUUUAAAUGGCGCGUUUUUUCAUUUUUUGUUUGAGUGUAUAUAUACGAUGUGACGAGAAGAAACGAAUUAGUUGCUUUGGUGUACUUUUAGAAUUAUUAAUUUUUUUUUUUAGUUUUUCUUUUUUUUUUUUUUGGUUUUCUAACCCGUCGAAUCGUCGUUGUGUUGACUACGAGAUAACUCGUAGCGCGGCGUCCUGGACUGGAUCGCGAGUUGACUACGAGUUAACUCGUAGUGUUGCGUUCCGAACGAGAACGUUACUCGACUACGAGAUAACUCGUAGUGUGGCUUCCCGGACUGGAUCGCGAGUUGACUACGAGUUAUCUCGUAGUGCGGCGUAUCGGGCGAGAAAUCGACUACGAGUUAUCUCGUAGCGCAGCGUCGCGGGACAGAACGUUACUCGACUACGAGAUAACUCGUAGUGCGGCGUCCUGGGACAGAAAGUUGCUUGACUACGAGUUAUCUCGUAGUGCGGGGUCCCGGACCAGAACACGAGUUAACUACGAGUUAUCUCGUAGCGCUGCGUCCCGAGCCAGAACGUUACUCGACUACGAGAUAACUCGUAGUGUGGCUUCCCGGACUGGAUCGCGAGUUGACUACGAGUUAUCUCGUAGUGCGGCGUAUCGGGCGAGAAAUCGACUACGAGUUAUCUCGUAGCGCAGCGUCGCGGGACAGAACGUUACUCGACUACGAGAUAACUCGUAGUGCGGCGUCCUGGGACAGAAAGUUGCUUGACUACGAGUUAUCUCGUAGUGCG